AUGUCAGUUAGUCCAAAAUGGUAUGAAGCUACGUCGGCUCCAGUCGCCAAGAAGACCAGAAAGACGGCCAGACCUCAAAAGCUGAGACCUUCGUUGGUUCCAGGUACCGUUUUGAUCCUGCUUGCCGGUCGCUUCAGAGGAAAGAGAGUUGUCUACUUGAAGAACCUCGAGGACAACACCUUGCUCGUUUCUGGUCCUUUCAAGGUCAACGGAGUUCCUUUGAGAAGAGUCAACGCCAGAUACGCCAUUGCCACCUCCACCUCCGUCUCUCUGACCGGACUGGACUUGGCCAAGUUUGACGUUUCCUACUUUGCCAGAGAAAAGACCUCCAAGUCUACCAAAUCGGAGGCCGAGUUCUUCAAGGACGGUGCUAAGAAGGAGGUGACUUCCCAGAGAAUCGAAGACCAAAAGACCGUUGACAAGGCCUUGCUCACCGAGAUUAAGAAGACCCCAUUGUUGAAGCAAUACCUGGCCUCCUCCUUCUCUUUGAAGAAGGGUGACAAGCCACACUUGAUGAAGUUCUAA